UAUAAGGCAUUAAUUGUCAAGAAAACUUCUAGAAAGUAAGACUUAUAAAAGAAAAAGCUUUGUUCUAACGAAGCUAGAAUUGCUAAGUAGAAAUAGUGGUGGUCUGGACUGAUCCACUAUCACCUUCAUUCGUUGCUUCUCUGGGCUUAUGGACAGUAUUCGUUAAGCCUCCCUCACAGAAAGGACCUUAUUUUAUUUGCUUGUACGCCGAUUAAGUGGUUUAUAUUUUCAAAUUUCGGAGUUUUUUUCCAGUGCAUUAAAAAUGGUGAAAGUGCCAAGUGUAAAACUCAAUAAUGGACUUGAAAUGCCGGGUUUUGGACUGGGAACAUUCCUUUCCAAACCCAAUGAAGUAGCUGAAGCAGUAAAAUAUGCCAUUGACACUGGUUAUCGUUACAUCGACACAGCUUUCUUCUAUGGGAAUGAACACGAAGUGGGCUUGGCCAUAAACGAAAAAAUAUCAAGCGGAGACGUUAAACGUGAAGAUAUUUUUCUAACAACAAAACUUUGGUGUAUUCAUUACGAUCCUUCCAGAGUUGAGUACGCUUGUAGGAAGUCAUUGGAAAAUCUAGGGCUAGACUAUAUUGACCUAUAUUUGAUUCAUUUCCCUAUGGGAUUCGCUUACGUUGAUGAUGCCACGCCUAUACCCAAAGCAGAACGGGCAACUUUCGUAACGACAAAUGACUAUGAUUGUGUGGACAUCUGGAAGCCAAUGGAACAACUUGUGAAAAAGGGGCUGGUCCGAAGUAUCGGAAUUUCAAACUUCAAUGCUGACCAAACUGAAAGAAUUUUAGGAAACUGUGAAAUUAAGCCAGUUGUAAAUCAGUUCGAGUGUCAUAUUGAACUAAAUCAGAAGAAACUUCGUGAGUUCUGUAGGAAGCGAGACAUUGUAGUAAUCUCAUAUUGUCCUUUGGGUCGACAUAACUCCGCAGCUAAGAAACCAGCUUUUCUUUAUGACGAGCGAACUAAAGCAAUUGCGAAAAAAUAUAGUAAAACCCCAGCCCAGGUUGCUAUCCGCUAUUGUCUCGAACUAGGAACUAUCCCCAUUCCGAAGUCAGUGACAAAAUCACGAAUCGAAGAAAAUUUCCAGGUGUUUGACUUUGAACUAUCUCCAGAUGAUAUGAAGAUUUUGGAAGAACUCAAUACUGGUGUCCGCGUUUGUAAUUUCAGUAUGGUCGACAAAAGUCAUAAACAUUAUCCAUUCAAAACUGAAUUUUGAAUUUGUCACAACGAUCAAAGAGUGAAGGAAUUAUUGUGGUGGAGGGGAUGUAAAAUAAAGCGAGAAAAGUUGAGUUGGUGCAGAGAGGAAAUG